AUGGUCAACUACACUAUCCUUGCCGGAGGUUUCUCCUCCGCGAUUGCCACAUAUUUCUUUGACGCCGGCGCCAAGUCUCUUACCCUGACGCAACAGAGUCCGUCAGGAGAAAACCCAUCAUGGAUUGCUCAGCAUCCUAAUAACAGCCUCAUAAUAUAUGCGGUUAAUGAAAUACAGCCCGUAGGGAACUUGCAGUCUUUUUCUGUUGGUGACGCAGGGGUUCUAUCACUGGUGGAUACUGUAUCUACAGGCGGCAAUGGGCCCACUUUCACCAAUCCGCUUUCGACGGGAGAAGUAACAGGCAUGAAUUUUGGAUCUCCUAAUUGCUCUUUUGUUGCCACCGUCGCCGAUGAUCCCCUUCACUUCGAAAAGGAUUCCCCGAUAAUCGACUUCCCCGUGGGCCCCAACGCACCGUCUAACCCUCACAUGUCACUUGAACACAACGGAGAAGUCUUCGUUCCAGACUUGGGCGCAGACAAAAUCUGGCGAAUCGUAAAUGACGGUGCUCCCGGAAAGUUCAGAGUCCAGGGCCAAAUAGAUAUCGAUGCAGGCGCUGGACCACGACACAUUGCUAUUCACGAUGACAUUCUUUUCACAGUGCAUGAAAAAACCUCCACGUUGACUGCUCAACGUAUACCCGAGGCGCCUAACGGUACAACCCUGCCUCUUCUUGCUAAUGUUUCUGUUGUACCGGCCAAUCCCCUCGAAGGAACCUCCUUCGCCGCGGCUGAGAUCCUCAUUUCCACUCCGACUGAACGCUUUCCAUCACCACUAAUAUACGUGAGUAACCGCAAUAUCGGAACGACGAUCGAUCCUGCGGGCGAUACAAUCGCAAUCUUUCAGUUCAAUAACGGAACAAGUUCUAAUUCAACGUGUACGGAGAGUACCAAACGGCGGAUGAAGCGUGUAAACAGGAUCACAAAGCGGAGCACAGAACUUCUGGAGCUGUUGGCCCAGGUACCUACCGGAUUACAACAGAUCCGGAGCAUGAGCCUCGGCAAAGUCGAAGAUGGUGGGGACGAAUUCAUCGUCGCGGGCGCUAAUACUGUUGGUGGUGUCGUCGUUUUGCAACGAGUGGACGAAGGCCGUAAUUUGGUGGAAGUGGCCCGGAAUGAAGACAUUGCAAACCGAACGAGUUUCAUUUUCCUUUGA